AUGGAGAUGGAGGAGCCGCCGCCGCCAACGCUGCGCGCUCCGCCGGCGCUGCCGGACGAGCUCGUGGAAGAGGUCCUCCUCCGCUCCCCGCCGGACGACCCGGCGCACCUCGUCCGCGCCGCGCUCGUCUGCAAGCGCUGGUCCCGCCUCGUCUCGGACCUCGCCUUCCGCCCCCGCUUUCGCGACUUUCACCUCCAGCGCCGGGGUGCCCCGAUGCUGGGCUUCCUCCGCAACAUGUUCGCCGCCAAUGAACCCAUCUCCGCCCGCUUCGUCCGCACCUCCGCGUCCUGCCCGCCCCUCGACACCCAGCGGGGCUGGAUCGCGCUCGACGCGCGCGGCGGCCGCGUCCUCCUCCACCGCGCCGCCGACGACGAGCGCGCCUGCCUCGUCCUCUCCGCCCGCGGCGGCGCGCCUUCUUGGGGGAUUUGCCUCGCCAUCUGGGACCCGCUCUCUGCCGCCGCUGGCAGCCACCUGGAGCUGCCCGUCCCCGUCCUGCCACUUGCAUUUUGGGUUCAAACUUUAUCCCAGAAUACAGUUAUGCUUGAGUCCCUAAGCCAAGUUGAAUACCCCUCCACGGAUCAACAAAUGGGUGGUAACAUGCACAAUUUCAUUUAG